UCAUCGUCAGGUCCAGUCCAGCUGCAGUUCGUCGUCGUCGCGAUAGUUUUAAUUAAAAAUUCCUCGAUUCAGUGCAUUUUCGCGGCCCCAUUCUAAUCGUAAACCGAUAAAGUAAUCCGGUGCCAUCGCGGCGAACAUCAAGAAACGCAGCGCUAAUCAAGUUUCGUGCCCUCAAAAGUCCAAAAUCAUCCUCCGCAACUUUGUUUUGAUCAACCGCCCCUUCUCCUCCGCUCCCUUUUAUCUCAUCCGAAAUUCCUCCCCCUCAGCUGGGUGGAUACUUUCCCCUCCCGCGCGACUCUUCGGCAAGUGUCCGCGAAACUACACAUCACAAGAAGGAAGCAAAGAAAGAAAGAAAGCAGCUCCAAAGAGGAGACAAUCACCAACAGCCAGCGAGCAGCAACCGCAGCAGGCGUAGAAAAAGAUGAUGUGUCAAAGUGAAAGAGUUGCUGCUCACGAGAUGGAAAAUCUGGUUUGUGGUCGCCGUCGGAACGAUUAGGUCCUCCCGCGGGGGACCAGGGCCAAGUGAUUAGGGAUAAAAAGGGACACGCAAGCGAGGAAAAUAAAAAUUGCAAAACGAAAGUGGCAUCGAUAAAUGAAGAUUAAAUGAGAUCGUCAUUGUCGAACAUGUUGUCGCAAAAUCCAGGAGACCCGAUAAUGACGCACCCGGAUUACGAGCAGUACCACUACCACCACGGGUGCUUGCUGAUACUGGUUCGUGGGAUCGGUCCGCUGAAGCCGCGGUCGCUGCAGCGGGUGUUUGAGCGGAUCCAGCGCGUCAACAACGUCAAGAUUCCGGAUUCAUCGGGCGUGACGCGGGACAUUUGGGUGCGCUACAUUCGGGACCAUCCGGUGGAGAACAAUGACUGGGGUGACUUUCAGACCCACCGGAGGUUGCUCGGCCUGAUUACGGUGGGCAAGUUUGACAAUCAGAACGAGCUGAACGAGUUGUGCCGGGUGCACGAGUCCCUUAAGGUCAAGUACACGAACACGCUGUUUGAUUCGCGCUGUCUGCUGUUUGGGCCGAGCAGCGACGAACUGCACAAGAUGCAGGGAACGGCGGAGGUCGGAGAGAAGGGCAGCAUAGAGGGAUGCUUCCAGACGCCGUCAAAUUUCAAGAGUCGGGCGUUCUUCUACCCGGAGAACGACCCUUGCACGAACCUGGAGACCAAGAUUUCAGAGUUUAUCACCUCACUGUACUACAUCCUGGAGCUGAAGCGGAUGGAAAAGACCCGGGAGAAGGUGGACAAGGUGCCGCUGCUGUUGGCACCGUUUGAAAAGAAAGAUUUCGUCGGGCUGGACCUGGAAAGCCGGAACAACAAGAAGCGCUGCGUCGGUCGCAUGACCAAACACCUGGGCGAUCUUACGCUGCAGGCCGGCCUCGUAGCCGAGUCGUUGAAUCUCUUUCACUCGGCGAGUGAGACCUUACGUGCCAUAAGCGAUUCCCUGUGGCUGGGAGCGGCCUUCGAGGGCCUCUGUGCCGCGUCCGCCAUCCUGCUCUAUCCCAACUUUCGCUACACCAUGUCGAUUCAGCGCAACUCUAGUCUACAGGAAAACACGUCCGCUUCGUCGCCCCAAAAGUUCAACCAGGCCCGGAACCAACUGCUGGCCAAUAGCAACAACAACAACAACAGCAACGCCUACAACGGCGAUUCCGGCUCGCCAGUGGUUCGACCGAAGAAAGCCGACAUGGUCAUCAACCUCACCUCGGAGACGGCCUCCAUCCCGGACAAAACGUCGGCAUCGUCAAACUCCUCGGCGUCCUCAAUCAGCUCGACGUUCAGUUCCGGUUCCGGAGGAAGCACCGCCAGUGGAAGCUCCUCCUCGCUCACAGAUUCGGGAACGCUGGUCAACAAGUCGGCAUCGACGGCGCAAAAGUUUCCGCCCAACAUCCUCCAGCCCGAGGACAUUCCGGCGCGGUACCGCGAGGCCAUCAUCAACUACAGCAAGUAUCGGAACGCCGGGAUCAUCGAGACGGAGGCGGCCCUCAAGGCGGCACGGAUAUGCAUCGAGCAGGGCAAGAACCUGGACGUGGCCAUGUUUCUGCAGAAUGUACUCUACAUCAACCUGAACAUGAGCGAGCAGCAGCGGGUGCGGCGGUUCGAGGUGCUGACGGAUUUGUACCAGAAGAUCGGUUACAACCGGAAAGCCGCCUUCUGCCAGAGGUUGGCCGCGUGGCGUCACGUCGCCGUCAGCAACACAAAUCCGGAUUGGGGCCAAAGCUAUCGGUUGAUGCUGGAGAGUUUCUCCGGCCACAAGCUAUCGCUGGAACCGCAAGAAGUGCUGGAAAACAACACCGGCUGGCCAGUGCUGCAGAUUGACCUGCUCCAGCAGCUGGUGGGAACCGCCCGGAGACUCGGCCAACCGGCACUGGCCACGCGACACAUGACCUUCUUGCUGCAGACCAUGUGGGCCCAACUCAACAGUCACGACCAGAAGGAGAUGGCGCUGCAGCUGCAAAAUCUUGCCUCCCAAUGCGAGGGCGCACCGGUUCCGCUAGUGCUGGAGAACGGAACCGUAAUUCCACCGGCCAAUCUAACCGACCUGCCGCUCUGCAGUCAGCUGCUCGUUAAGGACUUGCCAUCGCACAUGCGACCUGCGAAGAUUGCCGUAUUGAAGGUGGACAGCGGUCCGUUUCUCUUCACGCCGAUUCAUUUCAACUCGGUUGAUCGACGCACUCCAAAAGACGACAGCAAGAUCACCUUCAACUGGGUUCAGCACGACGUGUGCGAGGUCAACGUGAAGCUGACCAACCCGUUGCCGUUUGAGCUCCAGGUCACGGACAUCCGGCUGCUGACGACGGGCGUGGUCUUUGAGGCGUUCCCCCAAACCGUAAUGCUACAGCCGAAUGUCGUCACGACGGUGUCCCUGCACGGAACUCCCAUCGAAAAGGGCGACCUGGACAUCCAAGGCUACAGCACGCACACCCUCGGCAUCAAGUCCAACUGCCGGCUGAAGCAGAUGCUGCACCGCAAGCGACGCAACCUGCCCAAUCACUACCAGGUCAAUGUGAUUCCUGCGCUUCCAAAGCUAGAGCUUAAGACCAGCCUGCCUCAGACGGCCACCUUCAGUGGAAUGCCGAACGCAGACUGCGUGACCACCUCCGCCAGCAUUACGCUCUACAACGGAGAGUCCGGCGAGUGCGUCGUCACGCUGACCAACACCAGCAACAUCCUGAUCGAGUACAUCGACGCCACGUUCCACUCCAACAUGGACAGCACCCUGCAGAACCGCAUCUUUCAACUCGCCACAGACGAAAUCACCUCCCAACUCCCGAUCAAACCGAACGAGUCGAUCGACUUCAAGCUGAUCAUCUACGGCGAGGCGGACUUUCUCGGCGCGAUCACCUCCUCCCAACCGUACGUCCACUCGUCACACCACGACGGAACAAACAGUGCCGGACCGCAGAGUCUGACCGUGUCCCACGGCGGCGGUGCCAUCACCGUCAGCAACCAGAGCAUCCCAAGCCGAAUCAGCUCUCCGACCGGGACGCACCGCCGUAACGACCCGCUAACGUCGAGUUUCCGUUCGUCGCACUCGGGACAUUCGUCGCUGGCCACGUUGAGCGUCGGAAUCGCUACCGGACACAUGCCACGACAGCUGGAGGCGCAACUACGGUUCCGAUACUCGGGAGGUGAAGGUCUCCAGGAGGGCUUCUGCCGGCAGUGUGCCAUCUCGUUCAACGUGGAACUCCUCCCAAGUGCGCAAAUCACAAACUGGGACGUCCUAUCCGCGGAAAUUCCCUCCCAGUUCUACCUGGUGCUGGACGUGGUCAACCAGACUGCCCAGGAAAUGUCCCUCAACUACACCUCCAACAAGACGAUCCUCAUCGAGGCGAAGGAAAGCUGCCGAGUGCCCGUUCCGGUUGACCGAUGUCCGCUGGAGCGCAUCCUCGCAGCGAUGGAACAACAGCAGCAGUCGCUAAACAGCAUCGGUGCCGACGGCUAUCCGAGCAUCCUCAGCGGCGUCGGAGUGCCCAGCAACAGCGGAGACGCCGCCGAUCUUACCGAGCGCGUCUGCUCCGAACACAUCUCCGAGAACGUCAACCUCAAGUGGGCACUGCCGGGUUUGGACUGCAGCGGGGUGGCUUCCCUGCGGGGCAUUACCCUUUCGCCGACGAUGCUGGACCUGGUCACGGUGCCGCCACUGCAGUGGGAGGUCAAAAUCGACAAACAGCAGGUGGCGCCCCAGUCGGAGGUGACGUGCGUCACCGGCCAGUUCAUCACGCUCAGCGUCGGCAUCUGCAACCUGUCCGCGUCCGUACUGCACCAGGUGCAGCUCUCGGUGCAGUUCUACCAGGACUUUCAGAACGGGCACCACAACUACCGGCUGGAGACGCGCGUCACCAUGACCGGACCGAAUCACAUCCUGAUUCCGGCCCUGAACAAGGACGAGAAGGCAUUCCACGAGUGUUCGGUGAUAUUCUUCACGCCGGGCCGCUUCAAGGCGGACAUUCAGUGUCGGUCGCUGAGCUCGACGACGGCCACGACGGCAGCCUCGGUCGAUUCGGCCGUGGUGGUCAGCUCCUCGUCGGCGGCGUCCUCGUCCUCGUCGUCGCACGUGUGGCGAUUCAUUCCGCCGGUGGAGAUUACCGUGAUCGAUCAGUAAGAAAAUUGUAAACCAAUGGAUAGCAUGAGACAACUAAAUUACAAAAGAAAACGCUUUAUAGCUUUCCUAUAAAAAAAAAAACAAGAAGAAGCAGGCAGAUUAUAAACCACAAACUCUCAACUAU